GAGCUAGAGACAAAAUUAGGAGGAUAAGCGGGACGAUUUCGAAAAACCCAUGGAGAUCAGUGAUCCUGUUCCCAAGCUUCUUCUACAAUUGAUCUCGUCAGCUUUUCAAAGAUGCCGUCUAGCAGAAGAUCUCUGUAGAUUAUCGCUUCUUCUUCAUCAAUCUGCUGGCAAUGAUCCUCCGAUUACAUCAAUUUCGAUUUCGGAUACUGGCAUUGGAUGCAGUUUGGUGGAAUUUCAGGAUCUGAGGUGCCCUAGAGAGUUCAAUGGAGCCAAGAUCUGGGAUGGGUUACUCUCCGUCAAGACCACUUGCUUUUCUGGCGACGAGGUGUUCUGUUAUCAUAUUAAUCUUGAUGAGUAUAUAUCAAACAAGAGAAUCAAAAGACAACCUUCUCAGCCUAAGAAUGGCGCAAAGUUUAGUGGGACAGAGGUAUCUCUGAGUGUCUUUGGAUGUAUCGAUGCUCUUGUGGCGCCCAUAGUUACCUUCUUUCAAAAGAUGCUUGUUCUUCAUUUACCUAAUGUCACAAUGGAUCUGGUGGUUGAACAAGGAGCUUCUCCUGGUACUCAAACCCAAUACGUCUUUUUAAUGAACGGUGAUCAAACUCCUUGCUUCACUGCCUCCAACCUUGAACGCUUAAAGUCUGGUCUUGAGGACUGUGUUUUAAGGCAUGGGAACUGUUUGGAAAUAAUGUGUGAACAAUGCUUCUCUGAUAGAGAGCAUCUAAAAGUUGGCAGUGGAACAGCCUGCCCUGAAGAAAAUCGUAAGAGACCUGGAGGAACAAUGGAAGUGGUGAUUGUAAUAAGUGACUUAUUAGAGACAACUCGCCAUUGCAGCAGAUCAUGUGAGGGCAAAACAGAGGUUUUAUACUUUGACAAUUUCUCUCCUUCCCCCAUUCCACAAGUUGCCUUGAGUGCAUUGAAAAAGAUUGACUGGAAAAGUUACGGUUUGAUCCUAGCGAGUGCGAAUGAUCAAGAAGGACGUGUGUUUCUCGAAUGGGAACAUUUUCCUUCAUAUGUUCAAAUACAAAUCGCUCUUCACUGGUAUCACAAUAAGUAUCCAACAACACAUAAGACUGAGCCUGGUAUAGAUCUUGUGAAGAAGGGGAUUAAAAGUGCAUUAAAUGAUUUGAAGACUAAACAUGAGGGCUUUCUUCUAAGCUCACAUUCUCGUAAGAUUUGCGGCUAUGUUCCUGACCUUGCAAGAUCAUUAGCGGGCCUCAUAUUCUCUUCUACUGACAUGGACUUCCAAGGAGAUUGCUUAUCUGUUCUUGGAUUUCAGCCUCAAGAAGCUGAACGUGAUGCAGUUGAAGACUAUAUACAGAGAAAGAUUGUUUCGGUUAUAGGAAUGAAUGAGAGUAAACCCCAGAAAGACCAGGAAGCUGCUCCCUUUCUGUUUUUUGAAGGCGGGUCUGAGACAUCAUACUUUGAAGAUGAGGAAAUAGAAGGUGAGUAUUACUCUACCUCCCUGGAAUGAUACAUCUGCCUCUGAUAACGGAUACAA